CCCUCCAUGUGUGUGUGUGUGUUCCUCUCAAGACAGUUAACAGACACGAUGCCGAGUAAGUCAAAGAAAGAAAAGUCUGUGAGAUCCAGCAGAAGUCCAAGUAAACACCGCACAGACAAACCGAAUUCGGAAAACCAGAGUUCAAAUAAGACGAGCAGAUCCAGUACACCCCCCACCACCCAGUUGCUGCGAGUCAAGCACGAGUCGACCCAGAGCGCCCUGAAGAAACACCGGAGACUAAGCGCCUCCUGUUUCCCCAUCAGCAGCAACAGAGAACUCCUGGCACUGUCCCAUCUCAAAGACGUUCCUCCGGCCGAGCAGGAAAAACUCUUCAUUCAGAAGUUACGUCAGUGCUGCGUUCUCUUCGAUUUCCUAUCCGAUCCUCUCAGUGACCUGAAAUGGAAGGAGGUGAAGCGGGCGGCGCUCAGCGAGAUGGUCGAGUUCAUCACCCACAAUCGCAACGUCAUCACGGAGCCCAUUUACCCAGAGGUGGUGCACAUGUUUGCUGUGAACAUGUUCAGGGCUCUGCCACCCUCAUCCAACCCAACCGGGGCAGAAUUUGACCCUGAGGAGGACGAACCCACACUUGAAGCAGCGUGGCCUCAUCUACAGUUGGUCUACGAGUUUUUCCUGAGAUUUUUAGAAUCUCCAGACUUUCAGCCAAAUGUCGCAAAGAAAUUCAUUGACCAAAAAUUUGUUAUGCAGCUCCUGGAGUUGUUUGAUAGUGAAGAUCCCCGAGAAAGAGACUUCUUAAAAACCACGCUGCACCGCAUAUACGGCAAGUUUCUUGGGCUGCGAGCUUAUAUCAGAAAGCAAAUCAAUAACAUAUUUUAUAGGUUUAUAUACGAGACUGAGCAUCACAAUGGAAUCGCUGAACUGCUGGAGAUCCUGGGAAGUAUCAUCAAUGGCUUCGCUUUACCGUUAAAAGAAGAACACAAGAUCUUCCUGCUGAAGGUUUUAUUGCCUCUGCACAAAGUGAAGUGUCUAAGUGUCUAUCACCCUCAGUUGGCAUACUGUGUGGUUCAGUUCCUGGAGAAAGACAGUACGCUCACAGAACCGGUGGUCAUGGCUCUUCUCAAGUACUGGCCUAAGACUCACAGUCCUAAGGAGGUGAUGUUCCUCAAUGAACUGGAGGAGAUUCUGGACGUGAUCGAGCCUUCAGAGUUUGUCAAAGUGAUGGAGCCGUUGUUCAGACAGUUAGCCAAGUGUGUUUCUAGUCCUCACUUUCAGGUGGCGGAGAGAGCGCUGUAUUACUGGAAUAAUGAAUAUAUCAUGAGUCUGAUUAGUGACAAUGCCGCCAGGAUUUUACCUAUCAUGUUUCCUGCGCUUUACCGCAACUCCAAGAGUCACUGGAACAAGACUAUUCAUGGUUUGAUCUACAACGCAUUAAAGCUUUUCAUGGAGAUGAAUCAGAAGCUGUUUGACGACUGCACACAACAGUUCAGAGCGGAGAAGAACAAAGAGAAGAUGAAGUUAAAAGAAAGAGAAGAGGCUUGGAUUAAGAUCGAGAAUCUGGCCAAAUCAAAUCCACAGAUGCAGAGAGAUCAGAGGAAAGAUCGUCCGCUCAUCAGACGUAAAUCUGAUCUUCCUCAGGACUCGUACACCACAAAAGCCUUGGAGUCGCACCGGCGCGCCGACGACAUGCUCACCAACCACAACGGUCACUAACCGAAUGAACGUCUCAUUCUCAGGUUUCUGUUUCGCUCCGGACUCGGGCCGGUGAGACAGAAGCGAGCACAGCGUCAGCAGAGACAGCUGGCAAAAGUUCAUGCUUUUCUUUCUUUGCCUUUUUUUAGUUUCAGAUAAGCAGGGAUAGCUGCCAUUGCCAAUACUGUCACCUUAAAUAACUUCCUGUUAAAUUUCGGUAGUUUACUUCGUAUGUUUGUGGCGUUUUAGACUAAAUCUGUGUAACACGUUGAACUCUCUUGACAUUGAUUUAGUACUUUAAAUUAAUACGGUUCUGUGCCAUAAUGUGCUCUUUACAUUUCAGUUCAACUUUGUGUCUUCUUGAUUGACUUUCUCUGACAAUAUCUGCCA